AUGUUAUAUAUAUCCGGUAUACCCGGUUCAAUGGUGCCUUCAGUUCAUAGCAUUUCAAUUGGUUUAAUAACUAGCAUCAAGCAAUCAAAUUCAACUUUUAAACCCUACGUGUUGGAGAUGUUGAUUACGGCUAUUUUCAUUCUGUGUUUCAUGAGUGCAGUAACUGCAAUUCCAUGCAAAGAUGUAAAUCUUCAAUCUGACGUAGAUUAUACUAAGGUCAAAGGUGAAUGGUGGCAGGCUCGUCACAGUCAUGAAUCUCGUUAUAGCGAAUUCAGUUGCUUCGAUACAAGAAUUUUUGGAGUCAACACGGAGCAUAAAUUAUUUUACAUGCAAGAAGUUGCUUCAGAAACAAGGCCCAGAAUUGGAACUGUUCAACUGUUAUUAAUGAGUACGAUGUGCUGGGGAUCAUGUGUGUCAGAACGUGAGUAUAGUUGUUUAUGA